CUUUAGAUCUUAUGUCAGUUCCAGAGAUGAUCAAACAGAAGGAACCUCCAGCCCAAGAAGGAACAUCUCCGCAGGUGUUGUCACAGAACAUAGAGAAAACAGAAAAAAGGUAGAAAGGUUGGGGAGAUGGCAAGUAUGCCUCAUAAGAAGACUUGGGAUGAAGAAAUGGCAGAUUUAUUUCAUGAAUCUGAAUCAGUAUGGAAGCCUUUAAAAGAAGAUAAUCCCCGAUUGUUUAAAUUUUGGGAUCUUAAUCAGAAAUACUUAUAUUUGGUGGAGAAUACAUUAGUGGCAGAUGUGAAAACUUCUGGUUCACCAGAGCAGUUAAUUGCCAUGCUUCCUAAUAAAUCUCUAGCUAUGGCACAACAACCCUUUUUUAUGGGCCCUGAACAGAAGAAGAGCUGCUUGUCUUGUGUGAAGUCUGAGAAUGGCCAAUAUCAGAUAGAGUUAAAAGAGAAAGAUAUUAAGGAUCUUUACCACGAUCCAAAAAAUGGCAAAGCUUUCACUUUUUAUUGUAAGAGCGCAGGCAACGGUAAUACCUGCUCUUUUGAAUCUGCAGAGUUCCAGGGUUGGUUCCUCAGCACUUCUUCAGAAGCAAAAAAGCCUAUUGGUUUGAGUCAAAAAGGAGGACCUCAGAACAUCCUGUUCUACUUUGAAAGAAAAUCAUGAGUCAGAAACACUGUUCUGCAUCUAUGCUUCUAAUAGACCUUGUGUCUUGUGUAUACAAAUUGGAAUGGAGCCAGAAUGUAUGAUUAGGCUGAUGAGUAGACUUAGAUAGUAUCCUUCUUGCAAUCAGAAAACUUUGGAAGAACUAUGUCAUAUUUGGGGGAAGGUGCAAUACAUCUCAUGGAUGAAAUGGACUUGGUUGUAUGGCCUUUAUUUCUGUAAAACAACAUGCUUUCGAACAGUAGGUUUGUUGCCCACGUGAAUUAAGUUGGCUGGCUGAGAGUAAAGAGAGUGAUCUUUUGGUAUCGAGAUACCAAUAGCUCUUAAAUUUAUGUACCACUUCAUAGUGCUUUACAGCCUCUCUAAGCUGUUUACAGAGUCAGCAUAUUGCUCCCAACAAUCUGGCUCCUCAUUUUACUGAUCUCAGAAGGAUGGAAGGCUGAGUCAACUUUGAGCUUCUCAGGAUCGAACUUCUGGCUGUGGAUAGAGUUACAGUACUAGUUACAGUACAGUAACAUGUUAUUCAAGGAGGGUCCAAACUUGGGGACGUUAAGAUUGUAGAUUUCAAUUCUCAGAAUUCCCCAGCUAAUCAGUCAGAAAAGUCUUAAAUUUGCCAAGGUUGGGAACAUCUGUGUUAUUUCAUACUGUUAUGAGAAUCAGUUUUCUCCAUUACCAUUUGGUCAGUGGUGAAAUCUAAAAAUUUUCCCUACCGGCUCUGUGGGCAUGGCUUGGUGGGCAUGGUUUGCUGGUCAUGUGACCGAGUGGCAUGGCUUGCUGGGCAUGUGACCAGAUGGGCGUGGCCAAGUUGCUGUCACUCCGUUGCCCUUAUGACCUACAAAAAGAAGAUAUACCAAUUAUUUUGUGCAUUUAAUACUUAAAUAAGAAUAAAUGAAGUACACAAAACAAUAAGAGGUAAACAAAUACUUACAUAAGAGCAAUAAAAGUGUUGUCUUCGGCGCCACUUCUUUGCGCCAAUGAUAAUAAUUACCUACAAAAAGAAGAUAUACCAUGAUAUACAAAUUUAACCAUUUAAUACUUAAAUUUUAUUUAUUUAUUUAUUUAUUUUAUUUGAUUUUUAUACCGCCCUUCUCCCGAAGGACUCAGGGCGGUGUACAGGCAGAAGUAAAAAAGACAAUACAAUGUACAAUUUAAAAUGUAAAUUAAAAAACUUAUUAUAAUUAGCCCGAAACUUUAAAAUAUAUAAAAACUAAAAUCCCAUUUAAAAUUGAUAUUAAAAAUUUAAGAAAUUUAAAAAGCCAAUAAAAUUCAAUAAAAUUCAAGCCAGCCCCGCGCGAAUGAAAAGAUGUGUCUUCAGUUCGCGGCGGAAGGUCCGAAGGUCAGGUAUUUGGCGUAAACCCGGGGGAAGCUCGUUCCAGAGUGUGGGAGCCCCCACAGAGAAGGACCUUCCCCUGGGGGCCGCCAGCCGGCAUUGCUUGGCGGACGGCACCCUGAGAAGUCCCUCUCUGUGAGAGCGUACGGGUCGGUGGGAGGCAUGAGGUAACAGCAGGCGGUCCCGUAAGUACCCAGGCCCUAAGCCAUGGAGCGCUUUAAAGAUCAUAACCAAAACCUUAAAGUGCACUCGAAAGGCCACAGGCAGCCAGUGCAGUCUGCGCAGGAGCGGUGUUAUAUGGGAGCUACGAGUAGCUCCCUCUAUCACCCGCGCAGCUGCAUUCUGGACUAACUGAAGCCUCCGAGUGCACCUCAAGGGGAGCCCCAUGUAGAGAGCAUUACAAUAAUCCAAGCGAGAGGUAACGAGCGCAUGAGUGACUGUGCACAAGGCAUCCCGAUCAAGGAAGGGGCGCAACUGCCGAACCAGGCGAACCUGGUGGAAGGCCCUCCUGGAGACGGCCGUCAAAUGAUCUUCAAACGACAGCCGUUCAUCCAGGAGGACACCUAAGUUGCGCACCCUAUCCUUUGGGGCCAAUAACUCGCCUCCAACAGUCAGCUGCGGCUGCAGCUGACUGAAUCGGGAUGCCGGCAUCCACAGCCACUCCGUCUUGGAGGGAUUAAGCUUGAGCCUGUUUCUCCCCAUCCAGACCCGUACGGCCUCCAAACACCGGGACAGCACUUCAACAACUUCAUUGGGGUGGCCCGGGGUGGAAAAGUACAGCUGGGUGUCAUCAGCGUACUGAUCAGCGUACUGCUGGUAUCUCACCCCGAAGCCACUGAUGAUCUCACCCAACGGCUUCAUAUAGAUGUUGAACAGAAGGGCGAGAGAAUCGAAACUACACAAGACAAUAAAAGCGAAAAGAGGAAUAAUUGAAAAAAAAGGAAGAAAAGAGGAGAAAAAAGAAAAUUAAAUAGACUCUAAAUUUUGGCUAACUGUGAAGAG